CACUGCCAUCCGUGUGAAUGCCACUUGUCUGCCGCACAAUUGCACGAUUCCACAAAUUUGGAAACUGUCCGACCCGUAACCCCCAAUGACAACGAUGCAUCGCAGCCCCAGCUUAAGAAGGCAAUCUCUGGCUGGGCGUAAGUGACAAGCGGCAAUCGAAGCACUCGAUUCGGUAGCAAUCAAAUCAAAAACCAAAUCCUGACCAGCAACUCGACGGGAUGAAGCUGCUGGGCAAAUACGUGGACAAGGGCAUGCAGGGCAAUGUGACCCUGAUGCCAGAGGAGUCGGAGGACAUGUGGCAUGCUUAUAAUCUGAUCUCUGAAGGCGACAGCGUGCGCAGUACCACCAUUCGCAAGGUGCAGAACGAGACGGCCACCGGCUCCUCCACCAGCAAUCGUGUGCGAACCACCCUAACCAUCGCCGUGGAGAGCAUCGACUUCGAUACCCAAGCAUGUGUGCUCCGGCUGAAGGGCCGCAACAUAGAGGAGAACCAGUACGUCAAGAUGGGGGCCUACCACACGCUGGACCUCGAGUUGAACCGUAAGUUUGAGCUGCGCAAGCCGGAAUGGGACACCAUCGCUCUUGAGCGUAUCGAAAUGGCAUGCGAUCCCACCCACUCUGCCGACGUGGCUGCUGUGGUGAUGCAGGAGGGAUUGGCCCAUGUCUGCCUCAUCACGGCAAGCAUGACUCUAGUGCGUAGCAAGAUUGAGGUCUCCAUACCGCGCAAACGAAAGGGCAGUGUCCAGCAGCACGAAAAGGGUCUGGCCAAGUUCUACGAGCAAGUGAUGCAGAGUAUUCUGCGGCACGUCAACUUCGAUGUGGUGAAGUGCGUGCUCAUAGCUUCUCCGGGAUUCGUGAGGGACCAGUUCUACGACUAUAUGUUCCAGCAGGCUGUCAAGAUGGAUUACAAGCUCCUUCUGGACAACAAGAGCAAGUUUAUGCUAGUCCACGCCUCCUCAGGAUUCAAGCACUCGCUGAAGGAGGUCCUCCAAGAUCCGGCUGUGGUAUCCAAAAUGUCGGACACAAAGGCCGCCGGUGAGGUCAAGGCUCUGGAAACGUUCUACAUGAUGCUUCAGUGCGAGCCCGCCAAAGCUUUCUACGGCAAGAAACACGUCCUCCGCGCCUCCGAAUCGCAAGCCAUCGAAACGCUGCUCAUCUCGGACAACCUCUUUAGAUGUCAGGACGUUAAUCUCAGGAAGGAGUACGUGAAUCUGGUGGAAUCGGUUCGUGAUGCUGGCGGCGAGGUGAAGAUCUUCUCAAGCAUGCACAUCUCCGGAGAACAACUGGCUCAGCUGACUGGAAUUGCGGCUAUCCUGCGGUUUCCGAUGCCCGAGCUGGAGGACAGCGACGACGAGGAGGACGAGGAUGGUGCCGCGGGCGGUGGCGAUAGCGAUAGCGACUAGAAUGAAAUUAUAGGAUCUAAUAACAGCGAUAAAAUGGAUGGAAUCUUGGCAUUUUGUUAAAGGAAAUAUAUAUAUGACUUAGGACCCAAUAUACAAGUAGACUAAUAGGAACCACGACAGACUUGGACAGCGUCAGGGCUUUUAUAUUUUACGUAGAACUAAUUCGAUACGAUAUACACAACAACAAACAACCAUUAUUUAAGUUAGUUUGUGGCUGAGGAGUCUAGCUAUUUUUUAGUCACAGUCCCCACCAUAUUAUAUAAUCGUGUUCAAUCGAGUGGCCACAAUUUUGAUAGCGUUGAUGAUAACUAAUUGAUUGAUUUAUACCCGAAAGCGACUUUUCCAUCGCUGUUGACAGCUGAGUUUAAAGUUGUAGAUUAUUUUAUAGAAGAUCCUCUACAAAUCGAUUAUUUUUCAAAAAUAUAAAUUAUACAAAACUAUGUUCUAUAAUUACUUUCUCCAGAUAACCUCAUAGUUUUAAAAUUUUCCCUUUAAAUGCAAUAUCCUAGCCUACUCUAUAAAUUAUUUGAAGACCUUCUAAAUGUUCUAAUUAUGUAAAAUAUACAAUAAAUUUCCAAAAGUGCUGAACAAUA